AUGAGAGUGACUGUGGCCAGCAAAGCCAAGGAGAAGCCUGUUCAACACCACGUCUGCCCAGGAUUCCUUGGAGAGGUGAUCAAAGGCACCGAUCAAAAUUGCUACUACAACGCAGACAAAGGAGGAGUGAAUGUGGUGAGGGCAGCUAAGGAAAUUCAAAUGGAGAACCCAAAGGAGGUAGAGACUCCCAGCACAGGGGCAACGUGCUCCCCGCCAGAGGAACAAGCAGAAAAACCCUCCAUGCUCUGUUUUAAGAAGCGGAAGAAGCCCUGUAAGAAGGGGCUGACUGUGAAGGAUGCGUGUGAAGGAGCCUCAGAGGAGAAAAGCCAGUGUGUCAGUGGCGACCAAGGGGAGGCAAAAGUUUCCAGUCCAUCACAGUCCUCCAAAGGAGCCUGGGCAGCCAUCAAAAACCUCGCGAGGCCUCGGAGAAGGCAGAAAUCCGCCUCACGGAAGAAGGUGCCCUCUGAUUCCCAAGUGCAGCUGGAGGUGGAUGCUGAGGAGAGCUGUGCACAAGACCUCCCGAAGAAACGGGAGAGCUCUGGGGUGAAGAUGCCCUGUGUGCGGUUCUCCAGAAGCAAGAAAAAACCCAGCCCCUCGGAAGCAGUGGAGGAGUCGGAGGGCAGUGUUCAAGCAAACGAAGUGGUGGGUGUUUUGAACAAAGCCAGUGAAGAGCCAGAGAAUUUGGCCCCGACGGACAAAUCUGAAUCCUUCAGCCCAGUCUCUGCAGAGGAGGGCCAGGCUGCAGUGAAAGAGGACCAGGUUACAGUGAAGGAGGACCAGGCUGCAGUGAAAGUGGAUGAGGCUGAAGUGAAGGAGAACCGGGCUGAAGCGAAGGAGGACCAGGCUGCAGUGAAGGAAGACCAGGCUGCAGUGAAGGAAGACCAGGCUGCAGUGAAGGAAGACCAGACUGAAGUGAAAGAGGAUGAGGCUGCAGUGAAAGAGGACCAGGCUGAAGUGAAGGAGGACCAGGCUGAAGUGCAGGAGGACCAGGCUGCAGUGAAAGAGGACCAGGCUGCAGUGAAGGAGGACCAGGCUGCAGUGAAGAAAGAUCAGGCUGCAGUGAAGGAGGAUCAGGAUGCAGUGAAGAAGGAUCAGGAUACAGUGAAAGAGGACAAGGAUAUAGUGAAAGAGGACCAGGCUGCAGUGAAGGAGGACCAUGCUACAGAGAAGGAAGACCAGGCUGCAGUGAAGGAGGACCAGGAUACAGUGAAAGAGGACCAGGAUACAGCAAAGGAAAGUGACAACUCUGUUGAGAAGAGUGAGCCCUUGACAGAGCCCACACCUGACACGGAGGAACGUACAGAGAGCACCGUUCAGUUGGAGAUCACUGAUUCAGGGACAGUUAAUGAAAUAGCCCAGGACAAACUACAGGAAGGGAGCCUACCCCAAACCACAGAUGAUGUGGAGAGCAGGGAAGCUCCCAAAGCACCUGUUUCCAAGGAUCAACCCAACAGUGCCCCUGAAACCACCGGUCUGCAGGAAAUCCCCAAUAUCUGCACAGAGCUGCCUGAAGGGGAUGAAUCAGAGAAGAGCAUAAAUCUUCCCAAGGAGUGCAAAGCUGAGGAGACUGUAUCAGAGUUCAGCGAGUCAGCAUCCAGAGACAAUGGAGCGAGUGUGCAGGAAUGCUCCAGCCAUCAGGUGACAUCAGAGGCAAACAUAGGCACCGGCAUCGGCAUCGUCAUCACCAUCACUGAAGCUGAGGACUCUGACAACACCGACUCUGACCAGGCCUACGAGCCGUCCCCAGUUCUGCACCAAAAUAAGCAAAAAGGGAAUAAAAAAUCCAACCGGAAUGCUGAUGUUGGUAAAAAAGAGGGCCCUGAGGCUGGUGGCGGUCCCCAGGCAGAGGACAAAGGUCUGGGCGACCAGGGGCACAGAACUGGGGAGCAGUACGAAUUGCUCCUCAUAGAAACUGCCUCUUCCCUCGUGAAGGCGGCCAUUCAGUCAUCCAUAGAGCAGCUGGUCAAUGAAAUGGCCCUGGAACAGAAUAAACACAACAGCUUUCUGUGAUGGCAGCUUUGCCCCCAAGAGGAAGAGCAGAGGGAGUGAUUUAAAGCUCCAUUUGGCCUGGGGGUGUGUGUGGAGAGCUCAGAGGGCUCCCAGGGCCAAGGUGUAGUUAAUUCUGCAUGCCCAUUCAGUUGUGUGUCUAUGUGAAAUGGCUCCUGGGAUGUGGGCAGACCCUGCUACAUACACUGUGUCCCCUGGGGCCUCAGAUAACACCAUUGACUGCAACUGCAAAAAAUGAAGGUGUUACAGUGACUGUAUUUUCAUUUAUUGGCAUAUUUAUGUCAAGGCUGCAUUUCUGCCACCACCCAUGCCAGGUUCCCCCACUGUUCAUGCUGUAGAUCUGUAUAUAUCAUGCGUUUAAAGAAAGGUCCUGAGAGGCAGCGAGUGCCCGACCUGCUGCUGGGCAGGAUUCGGGGGCAGGCUGGAACAGCUGGAGGUUUGCCUGGGGUGUGUUGGAGAUGAGGGAGAGCAAAGCAACUGCAGUGUUAACAUGAAGACAUCACUGUCAGAAGGGCUCAGGCCAGUGUUUAGUGUUGUGAACUGUAGGCAUUUGCUACCUGCAGGCGCCAGAAGCCGCGGUCACCGUUGCCGUCACAUCGUGUGAAGCCGCAGGUUUGCAGCGAGCAGUGUUCUGUGUUCUUCAUUCGGCCUCUCCCCCUGCCACGAGCAGCCUGUGCAUCUCCAGACAUGUUAAAGCACAGCAUCAGCCGCUCGCCUUGCCGACCCCGGGCUGCACAGAUGCCAGGAAAGCGACAGCGCUUCCAGGGGGGCCUGUUCUUGCACCAUUAAGCUCAACGGGCAAAAACCCCCUGCAGCAUCACCGGCGUGGGCUGGGCGGGAGCAGUGCCUGCUGCAGGCAGCCUCUUUCCUCUCCCCUCCCUGGCCGUCCUCCCUCCCAAUCCUGGUGUCGUGGUGAAGCUGUCCUCAGAUGUAGCAUAUUUUUUUAUAUAUAUGGCAUGUGAUAUAAAUAGCAGUGAGCUGCAUGCGUGUUAGCAGUCAGCAUAGUUUGGGUAGCUGCAAUGUUCUGCCAGCACUGGAAUUGCUUUGAUUUGGUCUGGGCGCUGCUGGCGUCCCUGGGUGCUGGCGGCAGCCAUCCUGCACCGCUCCCCGCUCGCCACAAAGCCCGCCUGCCUUCAUCCCAGCCCAGGCAUCCCUUGGGAAACGUGCAUUAUGCCCGGCUCGCUGCCACCGGGCUCCGGCCAGCUCUGGCACGCCAUGUAGCUCGCCCUGAAACAUGCAGUGAAAUGCUGGAGCGAUAUUACUGAAGUCCUCAGGGAAAAAAUCUAGACAUGGAGGGCCUGAGGACAUGGCUGGAAAAUGCCUGGACAAACCCACUGCCAUCAAAACCCAUGAACUGCCCUGCUCCGAGAGGGUUUGCACUGGCAUGGCGUGUGUGUGUGAGCACCGCCUCCCACUAUAAGCCCUCCGAGAGAAAGGGGCCUUUUAAUAAUUUGGGAUUGUGUCUGCAUGGCUGGGAUUUAUGUCCAGCUGUGGGCAAGGCAGUGUGUUCCUCUGAGAAAAUUCUCCUGCGUAUUUCUCAGCCGAUACAGAAAUAGCAGCCACGCCUGGCACUUGCUCACUGACCAUGGGCGGUGCGCUGAGAUUUCCCUUCCCAGCGUAGGAUUUGGAUUCCUGCUAAAAUACAAGGGCUGUACAUGUCCCUAGUACCUGGUGUACAACCACAUUUUAAACCUUGAUAAAGCAUCUCUGUUGUUACGAGGGGACUGUGAGCAGCGAGAGCCACGGCUCAUUUCUGUGCAAGUAAAACUUAAAAAAAUCAGAGGAUGUUAAAAAAAAAAAAAGUGUCUUCUUUUUCUGUGUAUUUAUUUAUUAAGUUAUCAGAUAUCGAUAAUUCAAUGUGUACAAUUUUAAUGGCUUUGUACUUCAUACUGGUCCUUCCAGGUAUUUCGCCAUAGUUUUGAAAGGGACUUUUAAAGGACUUUUAGAUGUAGCUUUGGAGCUGCUGCAGCACCCAAGAAGAGCCAUACUGAUAUUGGGGGUUGCUUAUGGAAUUAUACUGGGCACUGUGGUAGGUCGGUGCCAAGCAAAGGGCUGCUGUGCGGCCCUGCUGGGGUUGGCUGUGGAGGAGGAUGUCCAAGUUCUAGUAAAUAAACAGGAAAAGACCCCGUGGGGCCAGGCUGUCAUCUUCUGUCAGCCCACUAAGCGGUUUUGGGAGGAUUUCAUGUUAUUUCAGUAUUGCCUUUUAGGCGAAACACGUCUUCAAAAGAGGAGGAGAAUGGCAGAAAUGCUUUGGUCCAGCCCUGCCCUGAGACUGUUACUCUGUGCCCAGGGUUGUGUUUGCAUCCUCUCUGUAGCUGGUUUUCUCUCUGUUAUAGGUGUACAUAGAACUGAUGAUUAUUUCAUUAAAGCUGAAUGUACCUGUUGUU